AUGCUCUGUCUAAGGUUAGUGUUCAGUCUUUGGUUAGUACUCUUCCUUGCGAUUGCUCAAGGAAUAUCUUCUGAAUUCCCAUACAAGGACUCAGGUUAGUAUUAAUCGCUUCCCAUGAAGGGAAAAGAAAAGCCAGUCUGAAAUUUUAAAGAAAUGAUUCUUAGUUUUCAAUUAACUCAUCUUUUUGUCCAUUGAGAACGUAGUGGUUCUCUCCUGGCCCGGCCACGUAUCAUUAACCUGAGAUCAGGCUUUAUCUCACGGGUGUUUCGUAUGACGCUAAGAAAAAACCAAAGCAGAGUAUCCUUUGUGUUUCAACUUGUUUCUUGUUUUUAGUGGACUAUUUACAGUACUCUUUUGGCCGGUUUUAAAGCUACACUUGAGAAUGCGGUAAAUGCUGUGUUAAAUUACUCUGUUUGUCCCAUGGUGCAGUCUGGUGCAAUAGUUCCAUAAAUUCUCACUUUCAAAACGAGGCUAUGAGCAACGUGGUUGGUGUGUAAAACCCUUCUUGCGAAAAUUAGUUUUAUUUGCAUGAGAGUAAAAAAUCAUUGUUAUAAUAAUGGCUUCGCACACAGCCUCGCUUUGAAAAAGAGGCUUGGGCAACUCAGAAAUGGCCUCUUUGACACAACUUGUUCCCAGACUCACGCGCAUUUUCAAACCGACUAUUUAUUCCAAUAUUUCAUUUGAUGAAAGCGCAAGUUUAUCGAAUGCCAAUGCCACCGGAGCACGAGGAGGAGGCUGGGGUGGGGGUAGGAAGCAAAAGACGUAUGUUAAUUCAUGUGUGAGNGUUUCGUAUGACGCUAAGAAAAAACCAAAGCAGAGUAUCCUUUGUGUUUCAACUUGUUUCUUGUUUUUAGUGGACUAUUUACAGUACUCUUUUGGCCGGUUUUAAAGCUACACUUGAGAAUGCGGUAAAUGCUGUGUUAAAUUACUCUGUUUGUCCCAUGGUGCAGUCUGGUGCAAUAGUUCCAUAAAUUCUCACUUUCAAAACGAGGCUAUGAGCAACGUGGUUGGUGUGUAAAACCCUUCUUGCGAAAAUUAGUUUUAUUUGCAUGAGAGUAAAAAAUCAUUGUUAUAAUAAUGGCUUCGCACACAGCCUCGCUUUGAAAAAGAGGCUUGGGCAACUCAGAAAUGGCCUCUUUGACACAACUUGUUCCCAGACUCACGCGCAUUUUCAAACCGACUAUUUAUUCCAAUAUUUCAUUUGAUGAAAGCGCAAGUUUAUCGAAUGCCAAUGCCACCGGAGCACGAGGAGGAGGCUGGGGUGGGGGUAGGAAGCAAAAGACGUAUGUUAAUUCAUGUGUGAGAGAAAAAAGGAAGUAAAUUCUCUGGUUCUCCAGGAACAUAAAAUUCCCUUUGGUUAAAAGGAGACACAAGGUCGGAAAUGCUCGCCAACUCUUUGCCUCUAAUUCUUCACGUUUUACACCCGUUUCUUCUCAUUAUUUUUAAUUGCUGGUGAUUUAUUCUGGUGAAGUUUAGGCAUUUGUUACAUUUUAAAGUACAUUAUUUCCAAGGCGAAUAAGCCUUCAUCAUUACCUUCGACAUUCUCUUUCAAAACAACCCAACUGAACUGAUUUCUGACAAUCUUGCCUGCCUAUUCCUGUUUUAGUGCCGUUGAAGGAAAGUAAGAAUGAUUACAAGACCAACAAGUCGACAUCUUCUUUUCAUAUACGAGCCACUUCAAACCAUCAUGACGCACCACAAGAAACUUCUCUUCAUAUUCCACAAAUACCUGCAAUACCUGGCUCAGCAGCUGAUGAAAUUUUAAACCAUAAGAGAAUUAUUGUGGGUCCUGAUGAUAGAAUUCAUGUGAAAGCUUCAAAAACUCAGAUCAUGCCCUUCAGAGCCGUUGUCAAAGUGACGAUGAACACGCAAGAGUCAUGCUCCGGAGUUCUGAUUGGCCCACGCCAUGUUCUGUCCGCUGCUCACUGUUUCCACGACGGGCGCAGGUUCUUGACCAAAAAGCGCGCUUUGUAUGUGGACGUUCUCCAAGCAAAUGGCCGCUUUUCCAAGUUUCGUGUAAAGAAGAUGUCUUUGCCACGCGCUUGGUACAAAGUGAAACCUAUGAAACCAGAGUACGAUUAUGCGGUAUUGACACUUCAGCUGCCACAUGGAAGGCCAUAUCUCCCAAUGAAAGCUUUCUCAAUAAAAACACUCAAAGUGUUAACAACAGGCACAAUACACUUUGCGUGCUUCCCGAACGACAAACGAGCAAACUCGAUGUGGUAUUCGUCAUGCCCGGUCGGCUGGGCGCCAAGCUCGAGCUCCUACCGAAGUGUAAUCUUGAAUAAAUGUGACGCCACCAGAGGCUGCUCGGGAGCUGGUGUCUACGCUCUACUUCGCAACCGACGAAAUCGAUACAUUAUCGGAAUCUUAUCGAGCGCCAUUAAUAACAAAGUAGCAAAUGUCGUAAUACGGUUGACUCCCCAAAAGGUUAGAGAAAUAUGCGGCUGGAUUGGAUGGAAUCGGAGAUCAGGUUGUAACAAUAACCUUGGUUAA